AUGAUUAUCAAGCAAAACGACAAGCACAACCGACAGGGCAGCAAAAUGAUCAAUCCAAGAGUAAAAAAACGCAAAAGCGCGAAAAUAAGAGCCUCAAAACCCGCCAAAUCUACCACUCCUGCUAUCACUCCUACUACUAGUUCUGAGGUCGACAGCACAGCACCACGAACAGCCAUAGACAGAGUCCCGGCCGGCAGAGAGCGUCGUCGCAUUCAAAUGCGAAUUGCCCAGCGCGCCUAUCGACAGCGUAAACAAGAUGAGAUAUACAGCCGACAAAAGCAGUUGUCCGAAAGGGACUGUCUCAUCGCCCAAAUGAAGACUGCGUUUGAUGCGCUGAGUUCGAGGCUUGUCGAUUUGGAUGUUCUCUCUUUCUACCCGGAUUUGUCGCAGCCUGUGCAGGAUAUGGCGCAAGCUUUCGAGGCCCUGGCGCAGAUGAAGAGUGCUACGGGCUCAACUGCUGCAGCACCUGCACCAGCACCUGCACCUGCAUCGACAGCCACGGCAGAGACGAAGGAUACGGACACGGGGUUGUAUAGUCUCUUUGGUGGAUUUGAGCAACAGCAGUGGACAGAUAUACAUGACUUUGGUGGAGAUAUUAGUUCGGGCCAACAGCAGCUUAGCAUGGGUAUAACAGUGCCUCCUCCAUACGUAACAGCUGGCCUGAGACAAGCGUAUAAUUUGCAGGACUUUUCGAACCAUUAUCUUCAUGGUCAGUCGCAGAGUCAUCAAUUCCAGCAGUUUACUGGCAAUAAUGAACGCCAUUACGGUAGCACCACAACAACCUCUUCUGUCGCGAGUACGGGAAUCAACGACCUUAAAAUCCCAAUCUCCAUGGACAUCAAACCGCCUACAUCAUACGCCUUCCAAGAAACAACAUUCGCGCGCCGACUCAUGCGAGUCUGCACCGAAGCUGCCUAUCGAGUCUUAAUGAGCGGCGACUUACCAUCGGCGUCCUCCAAGGAGGCGCGCGUUUUCAAACUCGCCUACCGACUGUGGAGUAAGAAAUAUCUAGUCGAAAAGUUUCAAUUGGCAUUAUCAAGCGGCGACCCAUCUGUGCCCACCAUCCCUUUUGUAUCUCUCGGCGGUGCGGGCACUCACUACAUUCACGCGACAAUGGAUCAACAGCCGGACAAAUCCGCAAUGCCCGUCGCAAGCGGCCCCAUGGCAAUACACAUUGCACACAUUCGCCAUGACGGAGCCGGCACGAGUCUGGAUGGGAUCAUGUCCUCGCUCGGCCUGUUGAACGACGAAUGGUUUGAUGCGCUGGAUGUCGAUCUUUAUCUACGAAGCAUGGGGAUUAACCUUGAGGCACAUUCGACAAACCACAGGUUUCUACUGCCCGCAAAUCCAGAUGUUGCAUCUAAAGUGGUGGCUACAUCACGGGCAAUGGGGGGUUCUGCUCAGGGGGUGAAUUUGCAGGAUUAUGUACCUGCUGUAGUGAAUGUUGAUCGGUUUAUGGAUUGUAAAACCUUUUCUUUCCUCCCCUACUCGCCCCCCCCAACUCCAUCUUUCUCUUCAGUAAUGUGA